AUGUAUGUACGAUAUCGAGCAAGCUCUGUGAGCACAGAGGCAUCGACGAUUUCCCGGGCAUCGGGUCUUUCUUCUCGAACGAGAAGAAGCUCUCCUCCUUCGUCAGUUGAUACUGAGAAGCGUUUUCGCCAUCGAUGGGUCUUUUUGACCUAUGCUCGAUGUUCUCUGGAAUCGAAAGAUGACUUUGAGGAAGGGUUUAGCGAUAUGCUAAACCGGAACGGUUUCCGUCAGGCAACCUACUAUGGUUGCCGUGAACAUCACAAGUUUGAAGGUAUUCAUUACCAUGUUCUUGUGAAUUUGGGAAAACAACCCAACUGGAGCUAUGACUAUGCGCGAUCGGCGUUUUCAGUGGAGGGCAACGAAUGUGAUUCGUUGAAUUUAUCUACUCGGGCGAAGCAGCGGCUUGUGCAGUUCAUUGAAAAUCAUGUCAAUUACUGUGAGAAAGAGAAGGGCGGUGAUUGUUUCGGAGAGCGUCCAGAGAACUCGACUGAGAAGAAGUUGGAGCGGAAGCGACAAUGGGAGGAAAUCGGCAUGCAGCUGACCGCACCAGCGAAGCUGGCCAAACUUAAGGAAUCAUUUCCCGAUGUAUUCCACAAAUAUUUCAAUAGCGCGAAGUCGGAUUGA